AUGUAUGACAAGUUUUUAGAGAAAAUAAGUUUUGCUUCAGCUAAUUUACUUUCGAAGCUAAACUUUGGAGACAGGAAAAAGAACAAAAAAUUAAAAAAUACAAUAAAGCAUAGGAAAAACAUUACGACAUAUCCCCUGUUGUUAAGGAUAGAAGAUGAUCUAAAUAAAAAAAGAAAAAAAACAGGUCAUUAUAAUUACAAAAAAGAACAAUCAUUCUUGUACCUAUUCAAAAAAAAAAAAUACCCAUCAAUAAAAUUUCUUUUUAAUGACAUUACUGAGACUUAUAAGGAUAGACAAUUCUUAAGUGAUUAUUCUUUGAAUUUUUUGUAUGAAUUAAUUAGGAGAAACAAAUUUGCAAACACUUUGGAUGCCCGUGAUGUCUACUCCGUGUUGUUAAUUUUGAGUCAGGAAUUUCUAAUUACGCAUGACAGAAACUUAAAUUCCCAAGCGAUAUUUGAGAAUAUUGAAGAGAUCAAGAGUGAAGAGAAAAAUGUCGUUAUAAACAAUACGAAGGAUUUAGAAAAGAGUACCUCCAACUAUGCAGCAAACGAUGGUUCUACAGGGAACCCAGAGGAGGGGAAAAUCUUACCCAUGGAGAAUGAACGAAAUCAUAAAAUUUUAAAAAUUAGUUGCUAUUUCUUGAGACAUAUAUUAUUGAACAAAUCGAAAAGUAAAAUACUAGAUGACUCUUUUGUGAUAUAUUUUUUAAUGAAAUUGAGUUACGUGAUGAAUAAAAAAGCAGACAUUCAGAAUAAAGACCUCAAGCACAACUACAGUUUCUAUUUCUACACCUUUUUGCUUUAUUAUUACCUCUAUAUUUACAACAACACAAAAAAGAUUUUCUUAUUACCCGGGCAGAGAAUAUUUAAAUACUCAUUUAGGAAUAUCAAUGAAAUGUCAUUAGUUCAUAAAAAUUAUGACCACGUUAAGGAUAAUUCCAUUUAUAACAUAGAGAGGUAUGGAACACAUAUAUAUAAGAAUUCUGAAAAAGAUGAAAAUGAAAAAAGAUAUAGUUAUAUGAAGAAACAGAAAUAUACCAAUUUUUUAAAAAACAAUUAUUUGAUCAAUUUCGAUUGUUUAAAAGAAAAAUUUCAUAUUUUUUUCAAAUUUAAUGAUAUUUCGAAUAUACAUUUUGUUAUAUACUUGGACAAAUUUAACGUUUUACAAAUGACUUCUCAUCAAUAUGUCAUAAAAAAUAAAUUGGAUUUAAUGAACGAAUCGACAAAUAACUAUUUGCUACUAGCCAUACGCCUUCUUUUUAAGUUAAAUAAUAAAAAAGAAAGAGAAAAUUACAGCGAAGACAACCAUUUUAAUUGUAUCCCUAACACCAGUAACGAAUGUGUAAGAAGUAUAAAGAAGAACAGAAUGCAAGAUUUCUCAUUACAAAGGGAAAAAAAUAAACGUAGAAAUUUGUCAUCCACUUUGUUAUUAAAAAAUAUUAAUAACCAAAAAAAGAGAUCCCAAAACAAAGUAAUUUUAACAGAAUUGUUAUAUCAGAUAAUUGAUUAUGUUACAUUAAAUGAAAAGAUGCCCACGUAUACUAGCAAAGGGAAUAACAACAACAGCAGCAGUAGCAACAGAAUCAGCAGCGACAAGAACAUUUUCGAAAAUUGCUUGAGUGAAAUAAUAAAAUGUUUAGAGAAAAAAUAUAAAUUAAAGUACGUAGGUAAUGUAAAGGACAUGGAAUAUAUAUCACAGAAUGAAAAUAAAAAAAAAGCAAAAAAUGAUAAAAAUGUGGAUAAUGAAGAAAACAUCUUAUUUAACCUAAUUCAUAUAGACAGAAAAUUAAAAAAUAAAAAUAACUUAAACAUUGAAACGUUGCUAAAAAAGAUAAACGAUUUGUUGAACAUAGGGAACGAUCCAUCUGUGUAUGUAAACUCCGGGAUUCAUGUAAUUCUCAGGAACAUGUGCUUGAACAGGUUGAAUUCGCUAAACCUAGAUUUCCUCUUCCUCGUUAACUUGUAUUCAAAUAAUAAUUUUAAGAAUAAAUUUUUUCAUUACGAUAAGAAGUUUUCAUCACCCCUCCCAUGGGUUAACGGCAGUGAAAACAUAAGCAAAGAAGUGAGUGGAAAUGCAAACCAAGAAAAGAGAGAAAAUGUAAGCAAUGAAAAGGGCCAAAAUGUAAGCAAUGAAAAGGGCCAAAAUGUAAGCAAUGAAAAAAACGAAAAUGUAAGCAAUGAAAAGGACGAAAAUGUAAGCAAAGAAGUAAGCAGAAAUAGUGACAUAACCAAGCAUAGUGCAAAUGAGAACGGAAACGCAUAUCAAGUAUCACCUAAGAAGAUUUUUAUGGGAACUGGGUCGCAUGAACAGCAAGAGAUAAAAGAAAAUGAAAAAUCUUAUAAUACAUCAAUGCUAAAUUUGCCAACGAUGAGCUUUCCAAGGCUGAGUCUACCAACGAUGAGUCUACCAAUGAUGAACUUGUCAACCCUAAACGUGACCUCCCCAUAUGGCACAAGUGCGAAUAAAGGCGCAGAUGAUCGUUUCAAUAUAGAAAUGAAAAAGAAAUCUCAUAAUAUUAUGAAAAGACAAAAUAGAAAUAUACAUAACGAGUUAAUUCUCUUUAUGAAAAUUAUUGCAAACAGUUUUUCAUCCAAGGAUUUAUGUUUUAACUCUUUUUCUGUUUUGUAUUUUAUGUAUAAAAAUAUAUUAGAAAAUGUGAUGAGGAUAUCAUUUAAUUUUACAUAUUUUAUUAGUGCCGAAUUUUUUUUUUUCAAUGAUAAUAUGAAUUUUUUAUCCCUCAUAAAUUUAAAAAAGGGACUAGUACCAAGCUCAGUAUAUUUUGAUAGUAUAAGAGCAUUUACGAAUAUCAAGUCACAUUAUAAAUAUUUUAUUGGUAUGACAAACAUACAACACGAGAAGAAAAAUAUAACAAGUACGAAAAAACACCCAAUUCUAUUAGCUACCUUACAAGGAGAUGCAGAAGAAUAUGCGUACACAUGUGAACGUCCUUACCAGGAAGAAGGAACUUCUCAAAAAAAGCAAAAGAAACAACAAGCUGUGAAUGAACAGAAGGAAGAGAUUCAUGAAUCACAUCGAAGCCCGUUCGAUUUAUUUUUAGACAAUGUAGAUAAUAUGCUAAAAGAUGAAACAAUGCAACAUAAGAUAAAUUUGAAGGAAUUGUUAUGUGAUUCUCCCGCUCAUCAGACAUCCUUAUUGCAGAAGAAAAAAAAAAAAAAAAAAAAAAAAAAAAAAAAAAUAUUGCUAGAUGAGCACAUGUACAUGAUAAGCAAUUACAAUCACCAUUUUUAUAACAUGAAUUUACGUUUUUUGCCUGUUUAUACUUACUCUAAAAUGUUUCACAUAGACAGAAAUAAAAAGAUAGCAUCAGAGGAGGGCAAUCUUGAUGGAAAAGGGCAACUAGGAUAUGGUAAUUCACGGGAAGCACAAAAGAGAAAAGAAAAGAAAAUGGAGAAAAAUGAGAGAGAUGGAAAAGUGAUUAUAACAAAUACGGAGACUUUAAAGAAAAACAGAAAAAAGGAAAAGAAGAAAGAGGAAAAAAAAAAAAAAAAAAAGGUAGACAUAGUGCUCGUACACGGCCUGAGGGGAAACGCCCUUCGUACGUGGAGAUUCUCCAAUUUAUAUAAUAACAGUCCAAGCCAUCGUUUUUAUUAUCGAAAUAAUAGAUUGAAAAAGUACAAAAAAGGUAUUAUUAACACAGAGAUGGAAAAUAGUGGCUAUGCAAGCAAGACGGUUGAUAGUAGUACUGACAAAAAACAUUACAUGUGGAACUUUCUCGAUAUAAGCAACCAAAAUGAAAGCAAAAAAACAUCAGAUGAAUCAGAAAGUGAACCAUCAUCAAAAUUGAAGAAAAAUGGGCUGAAAGAAAAAGGUAAUGAUCUUUUUAAUGCUAUAAAUGAUAAUACAGAAAAUUUUAAGGAUAAUAAAAAUGUGUUUUUGUUUGAUGAGUCAAGUAAAAAAAUAAUGAAAUGCACAAAAAUACGAAAUAACUUUCAUUUUAUUGCGCACGAAUAUUUAUUUAGCAUGCUAGUAUUAAAUUACAAGCACAAUCAAAAUAUUUUGCCUAUUUAUGCUAAUACGAAAAUUAUUAACAAAAACAUUUUCAAGUUCAUAUUUUUGCAUAAUAAAAAAUUAAAAAGUGAUUUGGAUCUUUAUAGCGAUUUAUUAUCCUAUUUAUUAUGGCCUAUUUAUUUAUUAUACCCCAGUAAUAAAUAUUCCAAUAUUUUCAUUUUUAAUUAUCACGCCCCACUAUAUCCUGAUGGAAACUACUACACCAAGGACUGUCGUCAAAACGAGAAAAAGAAUGCAAAGAAGAAGGAGAAGAAGAAGAAGAAAGAAAAAAAUGAAGAAAACAAUAGAGAGAAAAAAGAAGUAGGAAUUAUAAACAGCACAAUUAACGGAAAUGAAAAAAAGGAACAAGAUAGCAACUAUAAUUAUAUGUUUUCUUAUCUGAACGUGCUUAAUUCACUAUUUAACAAAAAAGAAGAAAAGUAUGAACACUAUUUUAAUAAGGAAAAAUAUUUUUAUACAGAUAGAAUGAAUUUGGAUGAAUUAUCCAAUUUCCUUUUGAAAAAAUUAAAAGACAUAAAUUUAGGAAAGCAUAAUGAUAUUAUAUUUGUAGCCCAUUCCAUGGGAGGUUUAUUAACUCAACACGUAUUAUUAAAAAAUAAUAACAUUUUAAGCAAAACAAAAUUUGUCUUUUUUUAUGCUACGCCUCAUUUCGGCUCUCCCUUAUCAUCCACUGCAUAUUUAUUCAAGACUUUUUUAUCGCCCUACGUUUAUCAGCUAAAUAAUUAUGAUUCGUCCUUGAGCAAUUUACAGUAUUCCUUCAAGGAAAGAAUUAAACAUACUAAUAUUAAGGUUUAUUCCUUCUCAGAAUCGGAAAAAACACCUCUUCCCAUUAUAGGAAUGCAUACAAUGAUAGUACCAAGCAUUAGCUCAUAUUUGAACUACGCAAAGAUGUUUGCAAUCAUCAAGGACUGCGACCAUUUGGAAAUAAGCAAGUUAAAUAGUAAAGAGGAUAUAAAAUACCAUUACUUGUAUAAGGCAAUAAAGGAAGUGUUACAAAUGAAAUAG